AUGGCGUCCAAGGCGGACUACCAGAUCGCCUCUCUGGCAGCGGGCUUCACGAUCGGCUUCGGAUUCUUGACGGUAUGGGAGGCUAUGAAGCAGACGAGACAGAACCGGAACCCCCUACGAAGUUCAUACAUCUACAUGAUGUGGGGUGAGAUCUUGGCCAACUUGGCCAUCACGAUCAUUGGAUGGCUGUUCCUGGAUGGCAUAUUGGGACCAACGGUUCCCGUACUAUUCUUCAUCUUAUUCCUCUGGGUCUUCGAGGUUCAGCUGCUGAUGCAAAUCAUCAUCAACCGAAUUGCCGUCAUUGCAGAAAGCCAGAAGACAAUCAUGUGGCUGAAAUGGGGAACGGCGGUGGUGAUCACCGUUAUCAACAUCGCAGUCUUCAUCAUCUGGAUUCCAUCUCACUUGGACCCUCCUGCGGGCGACAUUUUCGUUCAAAUCAACCACUACUGGGAUCGUACCUCGAAAGUACUGAUUCUGAUUGUUGAUGCUGGCCUCAACUGGUAUUUCUUGAGAAUCGUGAAGACGCGUCUUCUUAGUCAACAUGGCUUGGUCAAGUACAAGCCCCUCGUUGGCUUCAAUGCCAAACUCAUGGUUCUAUCCAUUGGCAUGGACGCCAUGCUUAUUGGUCUGAUGUCUCUUCCGAACCAAGUCGUCUAUAUUCAGUUCCACCCCGUCGCCUACAUGGUCAAGCUCAACAUCGAGAUGUCCAUGGCAUCACUCAUUACCCGACUUGCGAAGGACCAGGAUAGCGGCUUCAGAUUCAACUCGCUCUCUUACUCCAAGGGCCGCUCCCGAACCAACCGAACCACCCAGCUCCACGAUCGCGGCGAGCAUGAUGCAGGCCUCAAGAGCUACCACCGAGCCAGCGUCGGAGCGGUCCCUCCCGAUUUGCAGCUGGAUAGCAUACCCGGUAGCUCAGCUGGAAUUCACCGAAGAGUCGACGUCGAUAUCAGAGUCGAGCAGACACCCACAAGCACCCCGUCUUUCGGUGGCAGGUCCCGACACGAUGACAACGGCAGUGGCAGCACUUUCUACAAACUCGAUGACGAAGACUCUCUCACUGGGAACCCAGGCCACCCUCGUUCUCGAUCCAUCGAGAAGAGCCUCUGA